AUGAAGAGCAAAAAACCGAGGUCUUUUAAAUCUGGGAGCAGCAGAAGGAAAGUCCCCAGUGAUGUGUCCCCCUCAACUAGCCUGCCUCCUCUUGUCGAGGGCCAGCUGAGAUGUUUCUUACGGGUGACAAUAGGCGGAGUGCUAUGGACAGUUCACAAGUCUCCACCUACAACCUUUGUCCGGUUGCGUUGGUGGGGCGAAUCAUCCAAUGGUACACACUUUUGCCCACGGGAUGGAUCGCAGGCAUUACAAAAGACUGUCAACACCACAACUCGCUACCCCAUUCGCUGUGGUCCAAAGCAGUUCACUUCAUACUUGACAGAUAUGGGCUCCUUGGUGCUGGAAGUUUUAACAAAGCUGGACCAUUUGCCAAUUGCUCGUGCUCAGAUUCCAGGGAUCUCUUGUCUCUCCCUGUCACAUUCCAUUAGUGGGUAUUAUACGCUUGUCUCUCCGACAUCUGAAAAACUGGGGGAGUUACAGGUGUCACUUACUUUGGAGCCCCUGGCUGAAGCUUAUGACAGCAGUAGUUCAGUUCCUACCACAGAUGUCAGUAUCGAAGUACCUCGAGUCACUGCACCGACGAUGCCCUCACAACCCAGACCUCCCUUUGUCAAUGGUGGCAAACAGCCUACCGGGAGCCGCAACGGAAACACACCAAGUGGAAAAGACUAUUUAUUCUUCCAAAGUGCCCAGACUAAUAAGGAGAAAGACUUGUCAGAGGACCAAAUACCAAUAGCGAAUGGCGCUAAACAGGGACGAACAACAACAAUUAGUCCAAGACAAGAAAUCCAUGACAGCCAAACCUCUAAUGAUAUCCUAUCAGUUAUUUUAGAGCGUGGGAGCAAGCUUAGAAAUGCUAUGGUGGUAUCGGCUUCAAAAAACGACCUUGAUUUUUACCCAGCUCUCAAAGACACCCUUUUGUUACCCUCAAAGGACAACAUCUUACGACCCACCACAUUGUCUCCUCCUCUUUGUGGAGCAAUGCUCCAAAACAUUUUGCACACUGAUUCAAGCCUCCAGCCUGUUCAUGCCCCCGUGGUCUCUGACUACCUUGGUGCUAGCUAUUCUGCUGACAUGGAGAACAAGGCUGUGGAUCUGCUCCUUGGCAGUAGCUUAAACACAUCACCACCUCCACCUCUAUGGGAUGUGAUUGACUCACCUCCUGAAUCACUCUCUGGGCACAGCAGUGUAUAUGGUGAUAGUGAGCUCAAUGAUCCACAAUACGAUCAGAGCUUACUAGAGAAUCUUUUUUACAAGGCCCCUAUGUCAGAUGUCAUACUAGAUGACACUGAUGUGAUACUUGAGAAAACUAUGUCUCAUAGUAAAAGUCAAUUAGAGAAGAGCUUACCAGGUGGUGCUGAGAAAUCGCUGAAGGAUUCUGGACUUAAGAAUACUGACCCAAAGUCAUUGAAAAAAUACCUCCCAGAGGAUAUGGACACCUUUUUUGGAUUGAACAUGGAUCAGCUGGCUAUACUGGGUGGGAUUCGGCUGGCUAGAGUGACCAUCCAUUCUCUGACUGUGCCUACUGGCAGCAGCACCGCUACUACUCCUAGAAAGACCUCUGAUAAGGAGAAACCUCCUCGGCCACUAAUCAGCAAGAAAUGUUCAUACUUUGUAGAGUACGUGUUCCCUGUAAUGCCCAAUUGUAGUCGGCAUGAUCCUGGUCAAGCUGUGGCAGGGGAGGUGACAAGAGCUGUCUCAAGUAAAGUUACGGGAGGAGUGGUAAAGUUCCAACACCGUUCUGUGUUCCCUGUCCAUUUCAACGGAGCAGCACUUCAAAAGUGGUGGGGAACUGACCUCACUUUUAAGAUUUACUCCAGAAAUGGCAGCCAAAAGAAGCCCAUUCUCAUCGGUAAAACAGUUUACCCAUUCCGUGGUCUGCUGCAGCAGGAGACUCUGAGCCAGCUUGCUGCCCUGGCUGUACAGAGUCUGGAAGGGACCAGUGGAGCCCAGGAGACUGGCCCUCUCAAGGUGUCAGUAGAGCUUGCUGUACACAGUAAAGGUUUUUCUUCCGUCAAAAGAGGGCCAACUGGAAAUGCUAGAGCCCCUUCACAUAAUAUAGCCAGUCCACUGAAAGAGCCCAGCGUUAGACCUCGGCAUGAUGACUUGUGUGAGGAGGAAGUACCAUCUGGCCCUACAGCAGACUUAAAAUUGGAUUCAAGGAAUGCCCAAAGGGACUCCCAUGGACCUUUUACACUCUAUCAAUCUCUUCAAUCAAGGAAACAGGUGGAUGAGGACCAUGAGGUCUUGCUGCACGCCUUGCUCAUGGUUCCAGAUGGAAAGAACUUUAUUUGUGGGCCCAUGAAGGCUCCUAACUUCUACUUGAAUUGUAAACUGUUUGGGUCUGACACCGCAAGAUCUGUAAUGAGCUGGGGUCAGACAAACCCUUCUUUCAAUUUUAUUCAGGUUACCCCGGUGGCUUUAACUUCUAAGCUGCUGGAGAGGAUGAAAAAUAAUUUUAUGGUGAUUGAGGUGUGGCAGAGAACUGGAAGCACAGGCCAGGAUCGUCUCCUCGGCCUGGUUAAACUACCCCUCCACCAAUUUUACAUGUCCUUUAGAGAGCCAAAGAUUGCCUGCCUUCUUCUGCAAGCACACUACCCCGUUUUAGGGGUGGACUGCUACAUGCCAGUUAUUGAUGUGUUCUCAGGCAACCACAUGGGACACCUAAGGGUCCUUUUGGCCAUGGGCCAAUCUGAACAAAUACUUGCCCUCCAGCAUGUUAGGGGUGAAGAGUGUGUCUCUGUGUCUCCUCAUCCAAGACCUGCACAUCUGCUUGAUCACCAGCCACACUCAGAAACAAAGGUGAGUUUAACACAAGAUGAGGCUAUGACAGAGCAUGUGUUUGUGGUAAGAGUGGAGAAAGUCAGAGGGUUGCCUCUACUGCAGUCCACUGUCUGGGGGGAAGCUGACUGCUACAUCAAGUACACGUUCCCCUGCCAGGAAGGAGACCCUGCAAGAAUUUUGGACUCAAACCUUAUAGAGAACAGUGUGAACCUGAAGCAGUUUCGAACUACCACCACUCUGUGUGUCCCGGACCCAGUGUUUAGCCAUAGUGAAACCCACGUGCUACUAGCGCCUGUUAGAGUGCCUGUCCAGAGGUUGUUUCUCAGUUCCCUUUCCAGUCAAGGCCUGGCCAAUGGAGGAAGUAUCCAGUUUGAAGUGUGGUGCAGAUAUUAUUAUCCAAAUGUCCGCGAUCAGCUUGUGGCCAAAGGAAUGCUUCCGUUGUCCAAGCUGUGUGCUAUGGUUACCAUGCAGAGACAGCAACCUAAUGAGGUUCAAGCAUUUUCCCUCCCACUUAUGCCCAGGACUGAAAUUCCCAGAGACAAUCAGCCUCAACCCUCAGGCUUGCUAGAUGUGUGUGUUCAUUAUAAGCACCGGCCCUUGAGACCCAAAGGACAGAGGGGUGAGGUGUUAGCUUCCCGUUUUGUGACACUGCUGGUUCAGGUGCAUAGAGCAUCUGGUCUGCAGGCAGCAGCAAGAACAUUAUCAAGACAGAAUGAAAAAUUCCACUACUAUGCUGGUGUCGGGGUGAAUGCUUAUGUUACUGUCCAGCUCUCCUUCCUGCCUGAGAGUGAGAUAAGGAGUACCCACGUGGCUGCCAGGACCUUCUGCCCAGAGUUUGACUUCCACGCAGAGGUCCCCUGUGAAUUGCAGAUGAAUAGGAGCAGUGGAGAGAUCUGUAGCCUGGCAGAGCUGUUAGAAGAGGCCUCAGCUGUCUUUACUGUUUGGAACAGAGACAGUCGUAAAGUUAUGGGCAUUCAGAAGUGUAAAGACACAAAGAUGGGCAUGCUAAAGAUCCCAUUGGCUAAUCUCAUGCUUAAAAGAACAGGAGUUUCUGGCUGGUUUGGAGUGUAUCUCCCUGAAGACCUAGGUACAUCCCAUGACCAUCACAUCUUGGUUGGAGGUCUUGAGAUCGCCAUCAGGUUUGCCCACCAUGCAGACAGAGAAAAGGUCAUUAAGACUGGCCAAGGCCUGGGCUGGGAAAUGGGUCAGGGAGAGCUUGACAAGCUUGAAGUUGAGGAGGCCUGGGAAGAGAGUACAGGGACUACAUCACUGACUAUGUCUAUGCCUAGAGCCUGGAUACCUGUUCACUGCCUGCUCCUCCCUGGCCACAGUGAACUCCAGCGUUCCACCUACUGCUAUUUCAGAUACAAGUUUUAUGAUCAAGAGGCUUUCUGCUCCCAGAUGAAACAUCCAUUAGAAGAGGGGAGCAAGGAGCAGGGUCUGGCCACAGUAGCAUUCCAAGGCACUAGGACUGUGGAGUUAAGGACUAGCCAGCCUCUGCUAUGGUACCUCAGGGAGGAGAGGCUUGAAGUUCAGGUGUGGGUUGCCUUUAGGAAAGACAAGACACAGAGACCUCACGACACAGAUCGACUGGUUGGAUCUGCGUUUGUUGAUCUUUCUACUCUUGCCAAGAGAUCAAGUCAUAGGCGGACUGUCAGUGGAGUGUACCCCCUUUUCAGACGCUCUGCCCAAGAUCUGCAAGGGGCCGCACUUCGGGUACACAUCAGCCUGACCACAGAUUCUCGGCCUGAGCAGUUUUCCCUCAGAGUUGACCAUCAGGAGGACUUUAACAGCGAGGAGGAGCUGUCAUCAAGGGAAGCAGAGAUAUUAGAACAGGGAUCCUCACCCACUGCGGCAUCCAGACAAUCGUGCACACAAAACACACACAAGACCAAAUCCCCCAGGAGUUUAGACGAAGCAGAUUCACAGCACAAAGAGAUCAGUAUGAAGGAAUCGAUCCCUGUGACCAUCACAGUUGACAGGGCCAUGCACCUCAGUCUGAAAGGGUGCCCUCAAGCUGACGGUAGUGGAGCCAUCCCAUCCUGCAGUGUAUCUUAUGUUACUGCUGACUCUGCAGAACCUGUCUCCACUGCUCUAAUAUCCAAUACUGACUGUCCUAUCUGGGACCACCACCAGGAUUGCAGGCUAUCGAAAGAGCUACUUGUGGAUCCACAACAAAAGCUGGUGUUCAAAGUCUGGCACAAAGGAGACAUGGACAGGGUGAUUGGAUUUGCCGCCGUCGACCUGUCUCCCUUGCUUUUAGGGUUUCAGUCAGUGUGUGGCUGGUAUAACAUCACAGACAUCAGUGGUCAUUGUCGAGGCCAGAUCAAAGUAUCAAUCUCUCCCAUGAAGGGGGUCCAGGAGCUUCGGAGGCAGAGACAAGCUGUGAAUGAAGAGACCUCCAAAAACUCAGCGGCUCUAUUCCAAGCCUUCAACUGCAACACCACUGCUAUGUACAGCAGCCUCUCUCACAUCAGCCACCAUCCUGAACACAAGAUCUCCUUCCCUGACCAGAUGGAGAAGCUAUUCUCUGAAAGGUCCUGUGAAAGUGACCGUCAUGGUGAGCACAUGGACAAUGUACGUCUUUACCACCAGAGCCUGCAGGAACAGUCAGCAGCUCAUCCUGCCAGUGAUAGCUGUGCUGGUGACGUCCAUCCUUCCAGCUCAGUCCUGUUCUCAGCCUUGAGGAAAAAUCUAAGUGAGCUUGACGACAUUCGGAGGUACUUUAACCGUAAGCUUCUACCUCCCACGCUUCCAUCUUGUGAACAAGUAUGUCCAUCCAGAGAACAAGCGCACCAAGACCCAGAAUCAGACACAUGUAAGCUAUUCCUCAAGUCCAGCCAGCUGGUCAGAGAGGUCGACAACCUCACCACUGGUCUAAAGCAACACUGCAUGGAGACAAUACCCUCUAACUCCCAGAGCAGCAUUAUAUCCUUCCCAACCAGAGAUGACCACCCCAAGCUUUUGAACUUUGAUGCUUGCCCCGAGAGUAUUCCCAGUGUGCAUAGAGCUGCAUCCCCCAGGGAUGGUGAUGAUGCGUUUCCUCUCUCUCCAACACUACCAAUGAGGUCUGUGGGCCACAUGGCCAUCCAGACUGAGGAAGAGGACAGUAUCCAGCACACAAUUACUGUGUCUGAGAAUGAGGGGAAAGAUGAAAAGGAGAUGGGAGAAAAAGAGGAGGAAGAAGAAGAUGAGGAUGAUUAUGAUGAUGAUUAUGAGGAGAUUGUGAUAGAGCCCAGGCCUCUAAAUGAGGUGACCUCUUUAACAGACAAAACCAGCCCUUGGACCAGCAUCUUGUCAGAUGUAGACCUUGGUUCUCAAGAGAACUUUGCUGUGCCAGAUCCAAACCAGCACAUCAGCUACCAUCACCUUACCCGGGAAGAAGAGGGGGAGGGAUGUUUCAGUCCAAACACAGGACCUCCACCCUGCCAGAACCCCAGUGAAGAACAAAGGCAUACCAGACUAAAGGAAUAUCACAACUGUGAGUCUGACAAUUCCAUUGAACAGGUGGAAGACAAUACUGACAGUGAAAGAGAAGAUGAGAGGACACUGCAAGCUCUCAAGGGGGAACAAGGAAGGGAACCAAACACCAACAAGGGUUCAGGUGAUGAACCCACCUGUGAUGAAAAUGAACCCGAGACAUUGUCACUCACCUCACCCGAGAGCACAAAUAACCCUUCCUGUACCACACAUAAAGAAGCUGCACAGCCCCAAAUCUCUCCUACAAUGGGGAUUCCUAAUUUCUUCCUCCCCUCUCACCACCUGGAGGCAUCUAUGAGAGCGCUCCGUUUGGCUCCUGUUUUCUCCCAGUCCACUUCCAACCAAGGACCUAGCUCCGCUCCUCAUCAGCGAGCUCCCCGACUGAGGCCCAACAUCCCAGUAGGAUCUAUGAGAAAAGAAGAAACUGCAAGAAUAGCAAAAAUAUUUGCUGCUCAUUUUAACAAGGAUCUUUAAUAAACACUCUUUCCUUUGUUGUUUUGCUGUAAACCGACAGGCAGUAAAGUCAUCAUGGUUUACCUCUCAGCAGCUACAAGUUAUGAAAAGAUCGUGUAAAUUAAGUGUAACCUGUAUUUUUUAUAAAUACAUUUUUCCUAUGUAUUUACAAUAAUAGAUGCCUUUUUUGCAUAUUUUUCAGAAAGAAUGCCUGAUCUCUGUCAGGGAUAUGCCGGUGUUGCACAGUGUUUGUCACUGAGUGACUUGAUCAACUACAUGAUUAAGUGACAUCUGUGUGGCAGCUUGUACAAUAAGAGAAUAAUUCAGGGGAGUUGAACGGUGGGACAGCCUACUGAGAUUUUCAGUCAGUGGGGACAGAAUAUGAUUAUCUUAUUGAGAAUCUGUGAAAUGUGAAAUAAAGCUCAUUGUGCUGGAGACAGUCAAACAUGUUGUGCAGUCACUUUUUAAAACACUUGAGUGCAUAAUGUCUUUAAGGCAUGGGUUGUUUGUUUUGUAACCAACAGUUUGUUAACGUCAGCUUGUCAGUCACUCUUUUUGAUGAUAUCGUUUUGUCCUACAUAACUGUUAUUACUCUCGUAUCCAGUGCAUGUUCUGUUGAGGAUGCAGAUGGUGACAAAGUGUUGAUGCACCAACGGAGGUCUGCAACACAAUUUUUUUUUUUUUUUAGAAAACCAAUGCUGAUGUGAUACCAUAGACCAGGGGUUUC